CGGAGAGAGAGGAGGAGACAGAAUACAGGUGGAGAGAGAGAGAUAAAGGCAGAAGCAGAAGGAAAGAGUACAGGGAUGAAAUACUUGUGAGAAUAUUUCACAUUUGGUCGGGAGGUAACAGAGAUCAAAUCUAAAUCUCCUUUAUCUUCAAUAUUGCAACUCUCCAAGCUGGGCCUCGAGAGGUUCUCUGAUCUCUCUGCCAACUUUGUCUCCCGGCAACAAGGAUGCGGGGGACGUGGCUCUGCCUGCUGUCGGGCCUUUGCCUCCACCUGGUUUUCUUUUGCGGCGCCGAGGAAGGUCUGGAGUUUCCCAACUUCGACGGCAGGGACCGGGUGCUGGACGUCAGCGAGCGCAACUACAAGAAAGCUCUGAAGCGCUACGACCUGCUGUGCCUGUUCUACCACGAACCGCUGCCCGCCAGCAAGGGCCUGCAGAAGCGGUUCCAGAUGACAGAGCUGGUGCUGGAGCUCACAGCUCAGGUCCUGGAGAACAGAGACAUCGGUUUUGGGAUGGUGGACUCCCAGAAGGAUGCCAAAGUAGCCAGAAAACUGGGUCUGGAGGAGGUGGGCAGCUUGUACGUCUUCAAGGACGACAGAGUCAUUGAGUUUGAUGGCGAGCUCUCAGCAGACACACUUGUGGAGUUCCUGUUAGAUGUGCUGGAGGACCCGGUGGAAAUGCUCAACAACGCCAUGGAGCUGCGAGCCUUUGAGAGGAUGGAGGAGGACAUCCGCCUCAUUGGCUACUUCAAGGGAGAAGAUUCUCACUACAAAGCUUUUCAGGAGGCCUCGGAGCGCUUUCAACCUUACAUCAAGUUCUUUGCCACAUUUGAUAAAUCUGUAGCCAAGCAUCUCUCCCUCAAAAUGAAUGAAGUGAAUUUCUAUGAGCCGUUCAUGGAGGAGCCGGCCAUCCUGCCCGGCAGACCUCUGUCGGAGAUGGACAUCGUCGAGUUCGUCAACCAGCACCGAAGGGCUACCUUGAGGAAGCUCCGGGCAGAGAAUAUGUUUGAAACUUGGGAGGACGACAUGGACGGAAUUCAUAUUGUGGCGUUUGCUGAGGAGGAAGAUCCAGAUGGUUAUGAGUUCCUGGAGAUCCUGAAAGAUGUAGCAAGAGACAAUACCAACAACCCAGAGCUCAGCAUCGUCUGGAUCGACCCUGACGACUUCCCUCUGCUGACAACUUACUGGGAAAAAACCUUCAAGUUGGACUUGUUCAGACCUCAGAUUGGUGUGGUGAACGUCACAGAUGCUGACAGCGUGUGGCUGGACAUGUCCAACGACGAGGACCUUCCCACCCCAGAGGAGCUGGAGGACUGGAUCGAGGACGUCCUGUCGGGGAGGGUGAACACGGAGGACGACGAUGAGCCCGCCGACGACCAGGAGGACCCCGACGACUACGUCCCGGAGGACAGCAGCGAGAGUCACGACCCGGACGAGGAGGAUGAUGGAGGCGACUAACCCGAAGGCCGGAAGUUCAGACCCGGAGUGGAAGACUGAACAUGUUGGGCACAUUACAACCACAUUCACAUGCUUACAAGUUAAACCAAAUAAUUCAAAUGAGGUGAAAUUAACAGGCACAUUUACACAUCCAGCAGACGAGAAGCACCAUUAGCAUGUAUCGUCAAAUGAUAAAUGCUAGUCCAAUUUCAGCCCUCCCGCUAGCUUCGUUCCCCACUCAAAACAGAGCUAUAUUCUCUGGCUCUUGAGUUGCUAAAUGCUGCACAAUGUUAGCUAGUUGCUAUUCUUGCCCCACUGCUGCUUGGUGCUAGGCGGGAGUUAACAGUAUUACAUUUUCAUUAAGGUUCCUAAAUGAGGGAAACAAAAACAGAAUUAUCUAAGUGAACUCCUCUGAAUGCAAAUAAAAGGUGCUUCAUCUUCGCUUAGCAGAAGGCUCCAGAAAGUCAAUGUUUAUGGGUAAGAAAUCUUCCACAAUAAAGGAAGCCUAUGGUACUGUCCUUUCCAAAGUCCUCAUGAAUUCUUCUUCACAUCUUUGCUUGACCUCAUGAGUUUUUUUCAGAUAUCCAUCCCAUUCCACACAUUAUAUUGAUUGUAGCAGUUUCAAGAUUGAUGUAAAUUAUGUGUGACAAUAAAUAACACAUUUUUUUUAUAGUGAGUAGAAUUAAAAAUUGUUUUUGGGGGAUUUAUUCAGGACUUAAUAAAAGUACACAAAA